AUGUCUCGGCCUACCGUCACCAUCAUUUCCGGCUCCGGGGAGGCCUCUAAGGACACUGCCUCUAUCCCCAAUGUCUUCAAGAGCCCCAUCCGCCCGGACAUUGUCCACUCGGUGCACACUGGCAUGAACAAGAACAAGCGCCAGCCGUACGCUGUCUCCGAGAAGGCUGGUCACCAGACCUCCGCCGAGUCUUGGGGUACCGGUCGUGCCGUCGCCCGUAUUCCUCGUGUCUCGGGUGGUGGUACUCACCGUGCCGGUCAGGCUGCUUUCGGUAACAUGUGCCGCUCCGGUCGCAUGUUCGCUCCCACCAAGGUCUGGAGGAAGUGGCAUCAGAAGAUCAACCUGAACCAGAAGCGCUUUGCGACCGCCUCCGCCCUCGCUGCGUCAUCCAGCGCUGCUCUUCUCCUUGCCCGUGGCCACAACAUCGCCACCGUCCCGGAAGUUCCCCUCGUCAUUUCCUCGACCGCUUUCGCCGACGCUGCUAUCGCUAAGACCUCCGCUGCCCUUGCUCUGCUCAAGGCCGUCGGUGCUGGCGCUGACCUCGAGAAGGUCAAGAAGUCCAGGAAGGUCCGUGCCGGUAAGGGUAAGCUCAGGGGCCGCCGCUACACUCAGCGCCGUGGUCCUCUUGUCAUCUACAACCCCGAUGAGGAUGGCAAGGAGCUCGUUGGUGCUUUCCGCAACUUGCCCGGUGUCGAGACCUCGUCCGUCUACUCCCUCAACCUUCUCCAGCUCGCCCCUGGAGGUCACCUCGGACGUUUCAUCGUCUGGACUUCCUCAGCUUUCUCUGCUCUUGACAAGGUCUACGGCUCCACCACCGAGCCUUCGGCCCUCAAGAAGGAUUUCCUCCUCCCCUCGGCUCUGAUGAAGCAGCCCGACCUCAGCAAGAUCAUCAACUCCAGCGAUGUCCAGAAGGUCCUCCGACCUGUCCGCGGCGGUGCCAUCAGCAAGCGCACCAACGUCCAGAAGAAGAACCCUCUCCGCAACCUCCAGGUACAGCUCCGCCUCAACCCGUAUGCUGCUGCCUACUCCAAGAACAAGGAGGGUCAGAAGUCGCUCAAUGCCGGCAAGCCCGAGCGUGUGGGCGAGUCUUUCACCGAGCAGCUUCACGAGAACUAG